AUUAAACCGUAUUUUUAAGUCAAUCAUUUAUAACUUUUCAUUUUUAGCAAUUAGUAAAAAGCUAUACGAUGUGUAAAUGUCCACCUUUACCUACUGGAACAAUAACCGUAUAUUUGUUAUUAAAUGUGUUAUUUUUAGUGGUUGAAUUGACAAAGGCUUUUUAUAUGGUGGGUCCUGCGGAUAUUCGCAUCCAAUCCAUAACAAAAUGUCCUAACUAUGAAGAAUUCGACAUUAUUUUGGACUAUUCGAUAGACGAAGAUGACAAAACUCUCACCGGCAAUAUGUCGCUGAAUACAGAUAUCGACGAAUCUGUUAAAAUCAACUUAAGAGAAAAACCUGUACUUCCACAACAACCAGUGACUAUUUUCCUGAACCAACGCAGUUUGUGCAAAUUAGCAGACAUAUUAUACUACUAUGGAAGACCAGAUUCAGAACCCAUCUGUCCAAUUUUAGCUGGUGAUUACUACAUUAAGGGAUUAAAAAUAGACUUCGCUCUUUUACAAGUACCUCAUGAAAUGUACGGAUUUAAAACAUACCAGUUAGAAAUGAUAAAAGAUGGGAUUUUAUUGAUGUGUUUUGAAUUACGGAUACUGACUACUAAGAAAAACAUUUCUGAGUAUGAUCAAUACGUGAAUGUAUACAGGAAAGAUGCACAUUUGCUAAAAUAGGUUUUACAAUAAUUGUUUUUUGUAUUCGUUAGUAUUAAAAAUAUUAUUUUAUUUCGGAAGGUAUUUUAUUUACCUCUCAACUUUUGGUUUCUUUCGGUAUUUAUCUAAUUAUCAAAAUUUGAUUUUUCAAAAUUAUUAUUAG